AUUCAAAACCUUUCUUCCCCACUCGCCCCCCUAUAUAUACCACCAAACCUUCAUUCUCAAUAUUCACAUUAUCUGCAUCAUCGUCUCUUCAAACUUUCAGAUUUCGAAACAAUUUGAAGAAAUUUAACAAUGUCAGGCCGUGGAAAGGGAGGCAAAGGGUUGGGAAAGGGAGGAGCAAAACGACACCGUAAGGUUCUUCGUGAUAACAUUCAGGGAAUCACUAAACCUGCUAUCCGUAGAUUGGCUCGCAGAGGAGGUGUGAAGCGUAUCAGUGGUUUGAUAUAUGAGGAGACACGUGGUGUUCUCAAGAUCUUUUUGGAAAAUGUUAUCAGAGAUGCUGUCACCUACACUGAGCACGCUCGCAGGAAGACUGUGACCGCCAUGGAUGUGGUGUAUGCGCUCAAGAGACAGGGCCGUACCCUGUACGGAUUUGGUGGUUAGGGUUUUAGUCUUUAGUGCUAGGUUUGUGAUGUUGAGAUUUGUUUGAAUUAUGUUGGAAUAUACAGUGAAUGGCAAUUUUUCUUUUGAAUUCUGCACCAA